UCAAUCCUGCGCGUUCCGUCGGCGGUUUCGCGGCCGAAACGAAUCGGGCAUGAGGGGAGACAGCACCAGCUCCCGCUGCUGCUGCUGCUGCUGGGCUGUGCAGUUCCCUGCACACACACACAGACAGACAGACAGACAGACAGGCCCCACGCACUUACAAGUGCAUUCUUUCGCCAUACACAUGCAUGCCUCUUUCUCGUACUUGAGGUCUUCUCGAAUUCACUCCCAUUUGUAGCGGCGGCUGCACCGGCUGCACCUGGAGGGUGACUGGCAGGCUCCGCAAUGGCUGCUGCACAUAAAAAGCAAACAAAGCGAUAACAAACGGGUCCACACACUUGGUGACACACAAAAGAAAGUCCCCACACACGCGCCCCUCACUUUGUCUUCCUCCUCGAACUGCGUGAGCCAAUCGCCAAUCGUCAAGCCGACCCAGCUGCCAUCGAAAAAGGUCGGAGGGAACGAUUCGAGUUGCUCUAGAAGGGGCAGGAUGGCUGGCGGAACCAUGUGAAACAGCCCGGGCGUCUUGAGGCAGUCCAAUGGGCACACGUAGAAGAACGGCCGUGGAUGAUGUGUUGGUGCCCGACUUGCACGUCUGGGUUGAGCUCGAUGAGGUGUGAGGCCAUGGAUGACGGCCGCCACUCGCUCCACCCCCUGCCCCUCCUUCCCAGCCAGCACCAAAUAGCUUCCCGAGUCUCCUUCUUGGGAACUGGUGCCCAUCAGCUGAAGCCAGAUCGGGAUGCUCACCGGCUGCUUGCUCUCGCCGACAUCGCCGACUUCCACCUUGACCACCUGACCGCCGAAAUCCCUUGUGUGGACGGCGAUGUCGUUCUCCAGUCGCUCGCGAGGGCCGAUGUUCGUCGCGAUAGCGACGGGCGGGGUCAGCUCCGGCACAGCAUCUCUCGUCAGGACGACGAGAGCCGCGGAAGGAUGCCCGUGGCGCACAUAAUGCGGCAGGAUAAAGCGGCUCUGUAUCUCGAAUUCGGCUCCGUCAAUGUUGGCUUUCACUGCAGCCGACACCACGUGAGCGGCUGAGAGAAGGGUCCUUGAUCCGACAAGCGUACCGUAGCCCACGGGGAAGCCGUUCGAGUCAGUGAGCUGGGCCUGCUUCGCUUUGACCAU